AUGCCCGUCUCGAUGAACAGAUCGGACAAUGAAAAAGAGGAAAUAGAAGAGGACGUGAUGAGCGUGGAAUCCGACGACGAUGAGGAAGAGAUUGAGCAAACCAGCCGUCCGUACAUGGCGCUACUGCAAAGCUUCCAGGAGUCAAGCACCAACAAAGCUAAGCGUCGCAAACUGGAUCACAGCAUACAAUCCGAAGAGGACGACGAUGCAGAGGAAGAGAGCGGCGACGGAGACGAGAGAAAAGAAGCUCCAGAUGCUGAUCUAGUAGAGCAAGAAGAAGAGGAGGAGGAGGAGGAGGAAGUUCUGCAAGCAGGUGAUGAUGACGAAGACUCAGAGGACGAAGGAGAGGCUUUGGACCCCUUUGAUAUUCACUUUGCACAUCCCGAUGAAACCAGCACGGCCAAAGCCGUCAAUGCUGCCAAAAACGACGAGUGGACAACUGGGCGAAGAUUGAUGGGCCCCCUCAGGGCUACUGUGCAAUCUGCCGGCUCUGAUAGCACAUUUUCUACUCAAGACUUGAAGAAUAUCAAGUUAAAAGAAAAGCUGCAAGAAACCUUCGGCAAGACUGUUGCUGGGCUGAAUGAAGCACAAAAACACAUUGCUUCUCUCAUGUUCAACUACCAAGAUGUAUUAUAUUGCGAUCGCAAUGUCGACAACGCCGAGAUACUGCGUCGACUGGCCUGCAGCCAUGCGCUGAACCACAUUUUCAAAACACGAGAUCGGGUGAUCAAAAACAACUACAAGCUCGCCAAAGAUCCCGAGACAGAGCGAGAAUUCAGAGAUCAGGGCUUCACGCGCCCCAAGGUGCUCUUUCUUCUGCCGACGCGCAGCUCGUGCGCCAAGAUGGUGCGCACAAUACGAGAGCUGUGUCAGCCCGAUCAGGAAGAGAAUCGCAAGCGCUUCGACGAGGCGUACGUGACAAAGGACAACAACUUUGGCGCCGACAGACCUGCCGAUUUCCGCGAGCUCUUCGAAGGCAACGACGACGACAUGUUUCGGCUCGGCGUCAAGUUCACCCGCAAGACGGUCAAGUACUUUGCACAGUUUUACAGCUCCGACAUUCUCUUGGCCAGCCCGCUCGGCCUGCGCAUGGCGAUUGGCUCCGAAGAGGACAAGAAGAAGCCGGACUCGGACUUUUUGAGCUCCAUCGAGGUCGUCGUCGUCGACCAGGCCGACGCGCUGCUGAUGCAGAACUGGGAGCACGUCGAGUACAUUUUCGAGCACCUCAACCUGCAGCCCAAGGACGCGCACGGCUGCGACUUUGGCCGGCUGCGGCCCUGGUAUCUCGAGGACUGGGCGCGAUACUUUCGGCAGACGGUCCUACUCAGCGGCUUCCACACGCCCGAGCUCGCAGAGCUGCAGCGCGGGAUGUGCCGCAACUGGGCCGGCAAGGCCCGUCUGCAGCCUGAGUACCCCGGCGUGCUGACGCAGCUAGGCGUCAAGGCGCGGCAGACGUUUUCGCGCUUCCAGUCGCACGCGCUCGACCAGGACCCGGACGCGCGGUUCGAGUACUUUGUGUCGGCCAUUGUGCCCAACAUUGUCAAGCGCGCCAAGGACGUUGCCGGCGGCGCCGGCGGCGGCACGCUGCUCUUUGUGCCCUCGUACCUCGACUUUGUGCGCGUGCGCAACUACUUUGCCACGUCGGUCACGGUCGGCGCCGUCUCGUUUGGCGCCAUCUCCGAGUACACGGACGUGCCCGAGGCGUCGCGGGCGCGCUCGCACUUUGUGACGGGUCGCCACAAGGUCCUGCUGUACUCGGAGCGCGCGCAUCACUUUCGCCGCUUGCAAAUCAAGGGCGUACAGCGCGUCAUCUUUUACGGGCUGCCGGACAAUCCCAUCUUCUACAAGGAGAUUGCGGGCGAGUACCUGAGCAAGAGCGAGCAGGACUUUACCAUUGAGCCUGGCAAGGGUGCCGUGCGGGUGCUCUUUUCCAAGUAUGACGCUAUGAAGCUGGAGCGGGUGGCGGGAUCAAAGAGAGUGGGCAAGAUGUUGCAGGAUCGGGGCGAUACCUUUGAUUUCAUCUAG